AUGGCCUCAGCCGCCUCUGUGACCAGCCUGGCGGACGAGGUCAACUGCCCCAUCUGCCAGGGCACCCUGAGGGAGCCGGUCACCAUCGACUGUGGCCACAACUUCUGCCGUGGCUGCCUCACCCGCUACUGCGAAAUCCCAGGCCCGGACCCCGAGGAGGCCCUCACCUGCCCCCUCUGCAAGGAGCCUUUCCGCCCUGGGAACUUCCGGCCCAACUGGCAGCUGGCCAGCGUGGUGGAGAACAUCGAGCGCCUCCAGCUGGUGUCCACGCCGGGCUCAGACGAGGAGGACGUCUGCCAGGAGCACGGGGAAAAGAUCUACUUCUUCUGCGAGGACGAUGAGGCACAGCUCUGUGUGGUGUGUCGGGAGGCCUGGGAGCACCGGGCACACACCGUGCGCUUCCUGGAGGACGCAGCAGGGCCCUACCGGGAGCAAAUACAGAAGUGUCUUGAGUGUCUAAGAAAGGAGAGAGAGGAGAUUCAAAGGAUCCAGUCAAGAGAAAACGAGAGGAUACAAGUCCUCCUGUGUCAGGUGGCCACCAAGAGACAGAAAGUGAUCUUCGAGUUUGCGCAUCUGUGCCAGUUCCUGGAGGAACAGCAGAGCAUCCUCUUGGCCCAGCUAGAGAAGCUGGACGGGGACAUCCUGAAGCAACAGGAUGACUUUGAUGUCCUGGUCAGUGAGGAGCUCUGCCGGUUCAGCAACCUGAUCUCCGAACUGGAGGAGAAGAACGGGAGGCCGGCCCGGGAGCUCCUGACGGACAUCAGAAGCACUCUGAUAAGAUGUGAAACCAGAAAGUGCCGGAAACCAGAGGCUGUGUCCCCUGAGCUGGGCCAGAGGAUUCGGGACUUCCCCCAGCAGGCCAUCCCUCUGCAGAGGGAGAUGAAGAUGUUUCUGGAGAAACUCUGCUUCGAGUUGGACUAUGAGCCAGCUGACAUCUCUCUGGACCCCCAGACCUCCCACCCCAAGCUCCUCUUGUCUGAGGACCAGCGGCGCGCCCAGUUCUCCUACAAGUGGCAGAACUCGCCGGACAACCCCCAGCGUUUUGACCGGGCCACCUGUGUCCUGGCCCACGGCGGCUUCACAGGGGGGAGACACACGUGGCUGGUGAAGGUGGACCUGGCCCACGGCGGCAGCUGCACGGUGGGCGUGGCGAGCGAGGACGUGGCGCGGAAGGGGGAGCUGCGGCUGCGGCCAGAGGAGGGCGUGUGGGCCGUGAGGCUGGCCUGGGGCUUCGUGUCGGCGCUGGGCUCCUUCCCCACGCGGCUGGCGCUGGGGGAGCAGCCGCGGCAGGUGCGUGUGUCCCUGGACUAUGAGGUGGGCUGGGUGACCUUCGUCAACGCUGUCAGCCAGGAGCCCAUCUACACCUUCACGGCCUCCUUCACCCAGAAGGUCUUUCCCUUCUUUGGGCUCUGGGGCCGAGGGUCUAGCUUCUCCGUGAGUUCCUGAGGGGCCGGUCACCCUCCUGUCGGGAGGGGGCUCACGAGAGCGCUGCACGAACUUGACCCUGCGGGCUCACCUGGGGGUUGGGGCAGAAGCGUGGCAGACCAAGGACUUGCAAGGACAAAGUGGGUGACCGUUUCCCUGACACCCGGGGGCUAGGGGCUCCGGGGACGCGGCCCAGCGGUCCCCAGCGGACAC